AUGAGCCGCAUUUUCGACCGUCUCCGGCCCGCUCGCCUUGCCAAUAAGAAAUGGAGCAAACCCGACGUCUGGCUCCCUAAGCCUUUGGUCCUCGCAGACAGCUUCCACUCGCGCUACGUGCGCAUGCUGCUCGACCAGGACAAGAUCUCCACGGCACACAACAUCCUCGCCGCCUUCUUCGUGUGGUUACUGCUGGCCAGCUUCAUCGUUAUCCCGGGCACAUUCACCAGCAUACAAAAGCAAAUCGAAGACAAUGGCGAUGGAAAAUUUCCCAGCAAAGCUGCCGAAUCCAUCGUCAAGGGCGUCAAGAACCUGGGGCUCCUGGCGCUGGCCGCCAUCAUGUGCUCCAUUUCUGUCAUUGGCAUGGCAUGCCUUUCCUUUAUCCACAUGAAGAACUACGUCUGGAUUUCGAACAAGCUCUUCCUUCCUGGAGUGGCCAAUUGCAUAGCCGGUCUCGUCUCGACCUUUAUUGGUGUCUAUACGCAGCAGAAAGGCGUCUGGAGCGUUUCGGCCAAGGUCAUCGCCAUUGUGGAAGGCUGCGGCGCGGCAAUCUGUGGCACGGUUUGGUUCGUGGUCGAUCACUUCUUUCUCUCCAAGGUCAAGAACACACACGGUUCACAUUACGAUGGAUGGCCUAAGGAGCGACCAGCAUGA